UGUUGCUUCAUCAAUUCAUUGGCUCUAACUCUCUUCCUUGAUUCUCAUAUUUCAUCAUCUAAAAGUAUGGAGAUCACCAAAAUCAUAAUUGCUGUGUUAUUGUUUGUGUCAUGUUUGAGUGUGCAGGCCAAUGCAUACUAUUACAGGCAAUGUAGCACCAAAGGAACUCGAUGCUAUGGAAAAUAUAUUAGAUGUCCGAAUGAGUGUCCCAGCAGUGAAUCAACAGAUCCUAAGGCUAAGGUUUGUCAUAUUGAUUGCGACAAACCCAUAUGCAGAGCAGUAUGCAGAAGUCGCAAACCAAACUGCAAUGCACCAGGAUCAGGUUGCUACGAUCCCCGUUUCAUUGGUGGGGAUGGAAGAGUGUUCUACUUCCAUGGAAAGAGCAACGAACACUUCUCCUUAGUAUCAGACUCCUCCCUUCAAAUCAAUGCUCGCUUCAUUGGACACAGGCCAGCAGGUAGAGCCAGAGACUACACAUGGAUUCAAGCCCUUGGAAUCCUCUUCAACUCCAAAAGCUUAUCACUUGAAGCACCCAAAAGAUCCCAAUGGAAUGAAGAUGUUGACCAUCUCAAAUUCACAUACAACGGAGACCAUCUGGUUCUUCCUGAGGGCCCUCUCUCCUCUUGGAAGUCUCCAGAAAAAGAUGUGAAAGUGGAGAGAGUAGCAGCCAGGAACAGUGUGAUAGUGACCCUUGAAGAUGUUGCUGAGAUAUUGGUGAAUGUGGUGCCAGUGACCAAAGAAGAUGAUGCAGUUCACAACUACCAAGUGCCUGAGGAUGAUUGCUUUGCUCACUUUGAAAUUCAAUUCAGGUUCUUUGGGUUGUCUCCUAAGGUGGAUGGUGUGCUUGGGAGGACUUACAGGGAAGAUUUUGAGAACCCUGCAAAGGUUGGUGUGGCAAUGCCUGUUGUUGGAGGAGAGGACAAAUACAGGACUACCUCCUUGCUUUCUCCAAACUGUGCUUCUUGUGUCUUCUCUCCAUUUACUUCCCAUCACACUCAACCCACUCAAGUCACUCCAGAGUCCAUGGCCACCCUUGAUUGCUCCAAGUUUUCCUAUGGCUUGGGAAUCGUUUGCAAGAAAUGAAUAAUCUCAUUCAUUAUAAUGCAGUGAAAAAAAUUAAUAAGCCUAGUUGAGGUGAAAGUCUGAAACCUUCUAAAUUUAAUGUCUGAAAAGUUGUUACUUCUUUGAUGUAUUUCAAUGUUCUAUAAGAACUAUAUUAAUGUGUAUUGAGUA